AUGGAGUGGACUCCGAAGACGAGUGGGUUGUUUAUCUAGUCUGUGAGGUGAAGGGAGCAGAAUCGAGAUCAGCAGGUGGCAAUGGAACCCAAGCCACGCAGAUGAGGAUGUCCUCUAAAACUGAUCAUGGCUCUUUCAAGAAUUAACUCUCUUCUCAUCCUUUACCUGAAUGUCCUGCUGCUCCUUCACAUAAAAAGAUCCCUCUUCGUUCUGAAUGGAACUACGUGUGGCUCCAAGUCCUGUGGUGAGAAUGCUUCCUGCGAGGCUGCUCCCGUCGACAGGAUUUCCCACUGCCCAGACACACCCGGGAGUUCGAAAGGAGACCAUGAGCCGGAUCCUUGCUCCUCAAACCCUUGUCCACACAACACAACUUGUCUGAGUACCCCAGGGGAGCACACCUUUACCUGCGAGUGCCCUCCUGGGCACAGCGGCAAGACCUGCCUAACAUCCAGUGGGCCCUGUGACACCAACCCCUGCCAGCAUGGAGGCUUAUGCCACCCGGACCUCGGCCGUCCAAUCUGCUCCUGCCCCGUCGGACUCACUGGUCAGUUCUGUGAGAGCGAGGUCAUGGAGUGCUCGUUGAACCCUUGCUACAACGGUGCUUUGUGCAGAGAUGGAAUCGAUGGCUACUCCUGCUACUGCGUCCCGGGAUAUCAAGGCAGGCGCUGUGAGCUGGAAGUGGAUGAGUGCGUUUCGGAUCCGUGUCAGAAUGGGGCCGUGUGUCUCAAUCUGAUAGGAAGAUAUGUCUGUGUCUGCCCACCGGACUACACGGGGGUUAACUGCGAGGUGGAAAUUACAGCCUGUUGGUCCCAGCCUUGUCUGAAUGGUGCAACCUGUCAUGCGUCACUGAGGGGCUACGUCUGUCGCUGCGCCCAGGGAUUCCUUGGAGAAAGAUGUGAGAUUGACGUCGACGAGUGUAUAAGCCAACCGUGUCUUCACCAGGGGCAGUGCACAGAUGGUGACAACAGCUACUCAUGCAAUUGUUCCGGAAGCGGCUUCACAGGGUCAUACUGUGAAAUCUUCCUGCCUCCGUGUUGGUCGAAACCCUGCUUCAAUAAUGCUACAUGUGAGGACGGAGCUGAGAAUUAUACUUGCCAGUGCUGGCCAGGUUACACAGGCCCCCAAUGCGAGACUGAUAUUAGUGAAUGUAGCAGCAAUCCAUGCCUUUAUGAGAGCAAAUGUGUAGAGCUGUCUUGGAAGAGUCAGUAUGGAAUCACUGCAGAGUUGCCUUUGGAGUUCAGCUACGACAAAGCAUCGGGGUAUUUGUGUCAGUGUCAGCCUGGAUUCACAGGGAUCCACUGUGAAGAAGAUAUUGAUGAGUGUCUCUCGAAUCCUUGCCAAAAUGGUGGGACUUGUGAAAACUCACUCGGGAACUACACGUGUCGCUGCCCAGCUGGAGAUGAAGAUGGGAUAUUUUAUGGAGGCAGAGAUUGCAAUGACAUCCUUCUGGGCUGCUCUGGGCAGCACUGUCAGAACGGAGGAUCAUGUCUCCCACACUUAAGAAAUGGCCAACAUGGAUUCAGUUGCCUUUGUUCCCCCGGGUAUACCGGUUCUCACUGCAAAACUGUCACCACCUUUUCGUUUGAAGGAAAUAGUUUCCUCUGGAUUCCCAGGAGAACAAGCCCCAUGAAAGAAUCCCACCCUAACAUCACCAUCAGUUUUCAGACCAUUCAGCCGACGGCCCUUCUCAUCUUCCGAGGGAAUCAAGAUACAUACGUGAAACUCGAGCUGAUGAAUGGCUACAUCCGCUUAUCGAUUCAAGUCUCUCAACAGCUCAGAGUCCUUCUGCACAUUUCACACAAUUCCAGUGACGGAGAAUGGCAUUCAGUGGAGGUAAUCUUGGCGGAAGCUGUAACACUUAGCUUAUUCGACAGCUCCUGUGGAGAAAAAUGUGUCAAUAAAACUGCUUCUCCAAUAGAUCGUGACCAACUGGCCCUUGCAUUCCAAAACACAUUUUUGGGAGGCUUGCCGGUGGACAGGGAGAGUGACGGUGACUCGCUCCCUGGUAUCUAUAGUACGCAUUCUGCAACUUCGUUUGUUGGCUGUCUUCAAGACAUUGAAAUAGACUCAAAUCUUAUUAUCCCUGAGGAUAUUCCACUGGGUUCGUCCCAGAAUGUCAAAGUAGGCUGUGAUAAAAAGGACUGGUGUCAAAGCCACCCCUGUCAAAACAGGGGACACUGCAUCAACUUGGGGCUCAGAUACCAGUGCGAAUGCUACAGGCCCUAUUAUGGCCCAGACUGCACAAGAGAGUACACAGCGGCUAGAUUUGGACAGGAUGACUCCAUGGGAUAUGCCGCUUUCACAGCUGAAGGAAGUCAGGACCAGAACAUCACUCUCUCCAUGUUUGUUCGAACCCGCAGAUCGUCUGGUUUAUUACUGGCUGCGGAGAACAAUGCAUCUCAGUACAUUCGAGUCUGGCUGGAACAAGGAAGACUAGCCCUCCUGAUUCCUAAUUCGCCCAAAUUGUUAGGGAAAACUAUGCUGAGUGAUGGGAAUAUGCACCUGAUAUCUUUAAAAACGGAUCCAGAUAAGACUGAGGUGUUUCAAUCUUCCCAAAAUCUAGGCUAUAUCCUUGCUCCCCCUCCAAAAAUCCAAGUUGGAGAUGUCCUCUAUAUCGGAGGCUUACCAGGGCAACAUGAGACUGAAAUGAACGGUGGCUAUUUCAAAGGCUGCAUCCAAGAUGUGAGAUUAAAUAACCAACGACUGGAGUUUUUCCCUCUCCCGCCAGACAAGUCAACUUGGAAUCAGCUUCUUGUGAACGUGACCCCUGGCUGUUCUGGAGACAACCUCUGUAAGUCCAGCCCUUGCCAAAACCGGGGGGUUUGCUACUCCAUCUGGGAUGACUUCACAUGCUCGUGCCCCCCGAACACGGCAGGAAAGGCCUGUGAGGAAGUGAAGUGGUGUGAACUCAGCCCCUGCCCUCCAGAAGCACGAUGCCAGUUGGUGCCCCAAGGAUUUGAGUGUAUUGCUAGCGCCCUUUUCAAUGGGCGAGGCAGUGUGAUAUUUUACAGAAGCAAUGGGAAGAUUACCAGAGAUCUCACCAACGUCACUCUUGGCUUCCGGACGAGGGACACUGACACCAUCCUACUAUACGCUGAAAAGGAACCGGAGUUCAUUACCAUUGCCAUCCGAGAGUCUAAAUUACUUUUCCAGCUGCAAAGUGGCAACAGCUUCUAUGUGUUGAGCCUGACAAGUCCACAGUCAGUGAGUGAUGCCACUUGGCACCAAGUAACCCUCUCCAUGACCGAUCCCCUAACCCAGUCCUCCAGGUGGAUAAUGCAGGUGGAUGAUCCGAAAUCCACCGUGACUAGUUCGGUCGCCACUGGCAACCUCAACUUUCUGAGGGAAGAGACGGACAUUUAUGUGGGGAACAAGGCUUUUGACCAUCUGGAUGGCCUCAGAGGGUGUCUGAGUGCGAUAGAAAUCAGUGGCAUUUAUCUCUCUUACUUCGAAAGCACCGAUGGACACACUGAAAAACCACAGGAAGAACAGUUUCUCAAAAUCUCUGCCAACUUGGUGGCGACAGGCUGUCUGCAUCUGGAUGCAUGCAGUUCGGCACCUUGUCUUCACGGGGGAGAUUGUGAGGACACCUAUGAUUCCUAUCGAUGUGCAUGUCCCACGGGAUGGACGGGGAUGCGCUGUGAGAUCAACAUCGACGAAUGCCUAUCCAACCCCUGCGUUCACGGCAACUGCUCCGACCGAGUCGCCAGCUACGUGUGUGUGUGUGAGCCCGGUUACACUGGUGUGAAUUGUGAAGUUGACGUGGACAACUGCAGAGGCCACCAGUGUGCCAACGGGGCCACGUGUGUCGAUGGGAUCAAUGGCUAUUCGUGUCUGUGUUUCGGGAACUUUACCGGAAAGCUGUGCCGACAUGCCAGAUUACCCUCAACAUUCUGUGGGAAUGAGAGGAGAAAUCUUACUUGCUACAACUACGGCAACUGCACGGAGGUCGGAGGGGAACUGAAGUGCUUGUGUCGGUCCGGGUUCACUGGAGAAAGGUGUGACAAGGAUAUUGAUGAAUGCGACUCUGACCCCUGUCUGAAUGGAGGCUUGUGUCAGAACCUGCUCAACAGAUAUCAGUGCAUCUGUGACGUCAACUUUGCCGGCGAACACUGUGAGAUAGAUUUGGCAGAUGACGUGCUCUCCGCCAUUUUCACUGCUGCUGGCUCGAUCACCCUGGCCUUGCUGCUAGUCCUCUUCCUGGCGGUCGUUGCUUCCGUCGUGACCACCAACAAACGGGCCACCCAGGGGACCUACAGCCCCAGUCGCCAGGAGAAGGAGGGGGCCCGAGUGGAGAUGUGGAGCCUGGUCCAGCCCCCGCCGAUGGAAAGACUGAUUUAGACCAAUCCAAUUCCCUUGCCAAGGCGCCGGCUAAGGAAAUCAUCAGUGUAAAAUCUCAGUUUGUCUCAUGCCAAGAAACUUCCGUCUGAAGACUCGAUCUAGGAAAAGUGACAGAGUACCCUUAAUCAUCACAAGAUCCUUAACGUUACUGCAAAUCCUCUCUGAUUUGAAUUGGCAAACAUCCAGCUGUUUCUGUGCCCGACGUGGGAAUUUCAGCAGUUCACUCAGGAGGCAGUGACUCCCAAGGUUGGCACGAGCCCCAGGGUGGGGGUGGAGGGGUAAACAGUUGAAUCCUUCUGGGCAUGCCAUUUCCGUAGAAAACAACUGAAAAAUGAAAAAACAGUGACAAGUGAACCCGUUAUUGACUGAUGGAUCAAUAUUGUGAAAGGCAGUGGAAAUAUGACAAGUCGUAUCCUUUCAUUGUUGAAUCGAACUCAAAGGAAUCAGUGGAGAUUGAUUGAUAUCAUGCUGUAGCACAGCACGUUUAAAUGUCUCUCUUCUCCCUUGAAAUGUUCUUGUAUUAUCUGUUGUCAAACCACCCAGAGAGACACAAGCCUCUUUGACAUACACGAACAUUCAUGCUUUUAUAUCGGACCUUUGGUUCCCAAACCCUUAAUCCGUUGACAGGGAAAACUGACAUGUGUCCGUGUCUCGAGUUCUAUUGUGAGCAGGGCUUUUAGGGCUGAUUCAGAAGACCCGAAAGGGCAUCCAGGACAACCUGGAAACUGAAGCCUGGUGCUGUGGUCAAGACUUACCUGUUGGGGAAACAAUGAGAAGAGGUCCAGGGAAGCUGCUGCCAAUUUUCUGCUGCCAGAUCGAAGCCCUCUGGUGAGUUUUAUCCAGAAUAAAAUUUGUUCACUGGAGGAAUGCUAUUGGUCUACUGUUCCAAAUAUUCUAAGGUAAGGAGGAAGAUCUGAUUCAUCCAAAGAAAAUUAGUGUUCAAAUAACCAGAUUCUGGGCCUGAAAAAUAGAAUUUUCUGACAAGUAACAAGUACUAGAACCCUCCUACAGGAGGGGAGGGAUAUCAAUGGGCACUGCGCCCCUGUCCCUGGCAGAACCAGACGUCAGUGAGGAUAAGAGAGAGCUCCUUAUUCCUGCCUCUUGCUUUACCCCUUCACUUCCAGACAACCUCCAGGGAGGACUUUCCGGUAAAGGUAUGAUUGAGGGGUUAAAACGAUUUGGACAAAUUAAUGAGUUUUUCCCUAUUGUGUUCAACUAGAGAUAAGAUCAGGCUUUUAGAAUGCUUCAAAUUCCAGGUACGAUUUUAGCUUUGAAAAAGAAUCCCUGGUCCAGGGGUUCCCUGUACUGUGGAGGGAGUAGGGGAAAGGGGAGCUAAUGGCUGGGAA